CAAAAAAAGAUUUUUGGUAUCAAUACCGGAUUGGUUUUAGGAUCGGUCUAAAAAGCUUUUCGGUAUAGUGGAAACAACGCCUCAAGUAUAACCCUUAAUUCUUUGAAGUUAUUUAAUAAACGAUAAAGUUUCCGAUAUAUUUCAUCCUUUUCUGCAUGCAAUUUUCCCACGCUUUAUACCGAUCAUUUUUCUUUUCUUUUUUAAUCUUUACAAAUUUUAUAUAUAUAUAUAUAUAUAUAAAUAUAAAUAUAAUUUUUUUUUAUUCAUUUACUUAAGUUUCUGAAACAAGAACCUUAAACCAUAAUGCAUUCUAUUUAGAAUCUUUUUCAAAGAGAAUUCAAUUUAAUUAGCGCUUACUAUAUAUUAGAACUAGAGCCAGGUGCAAAAGGAAACAGCAUUUAUCCUUUCGCAGUGUAAAUCGCCAACAGUUGUUGAAGAAUUAAAAGAUAGAAGCGGGUCAAACUUACUAACUUACUUUAAAGCGUGCAAUGUAAUGUUUUUACUAGCAUUUUUGUGUGUGGUUGGUAUUCUUUUUCUUCCACUAAGCGAUUGUAUGGAAUGCACGAACCAGCAACAGAAGUAUGAUUCAACUACGAAGAGUAAUUUCUCCUUAAUUGAUGAUAGAGACGUUAGAACGUCAAACCACAGAAUAACUUCGCUAUGGCUUGAAGAUUUUGAUUCUUACUAUAGAAGUCCAAUAUUGGACAAAUGUUUCCAAUACAUUGAUGACGGUCUUUUUAUGGGAAUUCUUGGUUAUUCAAAUCACGAAGUAAACAAACUAACAUAUGUAUUUUAUCUGACCAUACAUGAUAUCGAAUAUACCAAAGCAUGUAACUUUACAAAUGCAAUCAAUACAAGUGCGUACGCCCAAGAACUUUCAGAUGAUAAAUUCACGGCUGAUGAAACAGUUAUCCUCACAUACAAUAUAACUCAAGAUACAUUUACAGUUGAUGAAUUCCAACUUAUAUUUGUUUCAAAUGAGAGCAUCACAUACGUUAUAUCAACAGCAUGUAAUGCUGGACACAAUAAAAAAACUGGAUUUCGUUCAUUUUUACUGGCCGUUGGUUACUACAAAUAUUGUCCCUUUGAUAUCACAUGCAGUAAUCAACUAAAGAUUGUCGAGAUAGAACAUAAACUUUGCACGAGGAGACCAGUUACCUACACAUUCUGGGGAAGUACCAAUUAUAAAGAGGGCAGCAAAAUAAUGCUACCAAAACCUUUUUUGUUUUUCUCAAGUUACACAGACCACAUCAUGGUCAGUUCAAAUGGUGCUCUAUCAAUUUCAUCGGUUUCAAAUGGCUACAAAAGUAUACCAAAUGAAGACACAGUAUUUGUUAUGGAUAACAUACCUCAUAAAGAUUCGUAUUGGGGGAAAGAAAUAUAUUUUAAAUACCAAACAACCCCCCUCUAUUUAACGGCUGCUAAUAAUGACGUAUCCAAAUUUACUCUCACUCCAUUUAAGGCUACAAAGAUUCUAAUUUUCACUGAUUUAAAAUCCUACACAUCAAAACAAGCAAUCUUUGCUACAGACGACACCUCAACCUAUGUGAUUUUAAACUACCAAACACUUGAAAAUGACGGUAUGAUUGGAUACUCAGAAGUUUCUUGUGGAAGUAAAGUACUUUUUGACAAAAAUUCAAGCCAGAUGGUAAUGCAAACAUCCAAUAUUGGAGUACCUGGUCGACAUGUGUUUCGCCUGACCCAAGAUUGCACAGUGGCGGAUAUGUAUCCAUUUGGGUCAAGACAAGGUGAUCAAAGUUUGCCUGUUUGCGAUAACUGCACAGAGGUUUUGUCCCUUAAAACGAAAAUCCCUCUAAAGUGGAAGAAAAUUUCAAAACUUUACAUCAACUCUGACGGCUACAUAUCUGAAGGUCAUUCAAUCGAGCCGAACAAAGUAACGAGAGAGGAAAACGAACUAUAUUUUCAAAUUGCUGCAUACCAUUUAGACUUUGAUACUACUUUAGGUGGAGCAGUGUAUUUUAGGGAAACAGGUGAUGACUAUAUCAUCUCUCGUGCGAACGCAGAUAUAAAGUUUAUUUACCCUGAAGCUGCAGAUGUCACCAACGCUGUUAUCGUAACAUAUGACAAUAUGGCGGCUCAUAAUGACACAGGACGAAAUUCUUUUCAAGUUGUAAUAGGGUACAACAAUUUAACCAGUGCGUAUUUGAUAAUCAUCUACAAAUAUUUGAUGUAUGGGAAUGCGUUGGCGAUGUUUAAAAGUCUACCUUGUUCCAGAGUUGACGUAACAGCUACCUAUGAAUACGAGAAUGCGUUUUAUUUGGUGGGUAAUCAAAAAUCGAAUAAACGAGGGAAAUAUAUUUAUGACCUGCAUGGUGAAAACAAAUGUAACGAAGUUUGCAGAACAGACACUGCUAAUAAACACUUGGCAAUGCUUGAUAAAUACGAUUUAAAGUUGCUAAAAAAAACAAGAAACACAAACAAACAUUCAAUGAUAUUGAAGAAGAUAUACCCCCGUCUUACCGAAAAGUUAUACAUGACAGUUUUCGCAAAUUCGUAUGAUCAUCUAACCAUAAACCGAACCACCUACAUUGAAUCAUGCAACAUAGGCACUAUACUGCAGGCUCAGCAAAGCAUACGCGAUUUCGAUAUGACCUUCACACCACAAGACGUAGUAAAAGUAUCCUAUUACAUCAACUCAAAUUUGACGGAGGAACAAAAGUUUGAAAUCACUUUUGCUUCAAACAAAAAUGCAACUUACGUUAUCAUGUCGCGAUGUACACUGGGUCCUGGAAACAUUCACGCAAUUGGGUAUUUCAAAAAUUGUUCGUUUGCAAUUACUUGCAAGUACUACGUAGAAACAAAGUUCAUAGAACAUAACAAAUGUGGGAAACAUGUCACUCUACUGUAUCCGACAAAAGAAGACAAAAAAAGCGAACAUGUUAUUGAGUCGAAAAAGCGUAGUCGUUGUUCUUGGGAAAAGCCUUUUUUAUUGUUUUCAACGGAAGCUACAAGUAUAACAAUUGAACAUAGUUAUAUUUCAAUUGAGCCAGAAAAAUACACGUCAACAGAUGCGAGGAUAUUAUUGGUUUACGAUGUAACAGAGGAAGACGUAUCUAUAUCCAGCACGGUAUACUGCGAAUACACGGAAAACACCAACCUGAUAAGGGCUGCCAACAUGGAUGUAUCUAAUCAUACAUUAACACCAUUUUCUGCUAAACAUCUGCUACUAGUAACAUUCUCUAAUGUGAAAAAAGGGAUUUGGGACCCACGUUAUUUUACAUUUCAAGCAGUGUUGGCCUCUGAUGGAAAUGAAACAUUUGCUAUCUUGAACUACUUCAAAUUAGAAGGAGACGCAACUUAUAUUGGCCACGAAGAGGAAUUUUGUCUGAACUCCAUAUUUUACCAAAGUUUAGGCAGCACAGAAUUAGUUCAUACAUCAAAUGUUGGAAUACCUGGAAGACACGUGUUCAAACUAACAUCGGAGAUUGGAUGCAUACGGGCAACUCUUUACCCGCAUGGAGAGACAAGUGGCGAUCUUGUAAUGCCAAAAGGAGACAAUCUUGUAGAGAAGUUGAAGCUUAACUCGCCGUUAGAAUUAAACACAGGAAUUAUUCACGAUAUAUUUUUAAGCACCAAUGCUUUGAUAUCGACAAAGAGACUUUCAUCUUCAACCGAUUACCAUCUGUAUGUGCAGUAUCCAAACACUAUCAUCGCACCAUAUAAUCUAGACUAUGACACAAGAAUUAGCGGUGAGAUAUAUUACAGAGAAACUAAGGAAGAACACACGUUAAAGCUAGCCUCUAUGGACAUCGAUUCUGCGUUUGGAGUUAGUGUCAAUAUCACAUCUGCAAUUGUUGUCACUUAUCUUGACAUUGCAAGCAAAAAUGCACCGCUUCUCAAAGAUACAUUUCAGGUUGUUAUUGCAUAUAACGAUAAUGGCGACGCUUUUCUUAUUUUGAUUUUCAAGCAGCUGAAAAAUCCAAGUGGGCUUGUGAUGUUCUCGGAGAGUUCUUGUUGCAGCAUCAAUGUGAACAAACUAUUCAAUUAUGGUGACGCAAGAUUUUUAUCUGGUCAUACAAACACUGCAGAAGGACUUGGGAAGUUUGUCAUUGAUUUAAAACGUGAUUUUACAGAUGUUUUGCAAGAAAGCAAACAAAAACAAAUCUACACCAACACAAUUGGAUAUGAUUUUAUCAAAAUCUCUUGGGAAUUUGAAGCAAAUAAUCCGGCCAUUAUUACGCUCAACGUAGUUGGUGAAUGGGAAACUAAAUGGAAAUAUUUAUCGUGUGAUGUAAUUACCAGUGAUGAAUUUCAUAACUUAAUUCAAAAUAAGACAUACAAGAUAGAGCUGAUAGAUGCUAACGGGAGUUUACCUGCGGUUGUGCUGUUCUCACCUGAAAAAAUAGGUGCUGUAUCGAAUGUUUCUAUCAGACAAAAUGGACAUCAAUCGUUUUUAUAUUGGAAGACUCCCGUAGUAAAAUUUGGAAAUCCGGCAGUGGCUAAGACCUUCAUCAAACAUACAAUGAUAGAAUCUGGCAAGGAAUAUAAUUCCUUAAUUUCGUCUUCCAUUUAUGAGAGUCAGUACAGUUUCAGUGGAGAGAUAGGGUCAGAACAUACUUUUGUUAUAACUUUAGCAAUAAGAAAUCAGCUUGGUCCUUCGGAAACAAUCACAUACACAUUUGUAGAAACAGCAGAAAGUUCAUCAACAAAUAUCAUUAUCAUCGCGACGACUUCUGUGUGUGUUGUUCUGCUUGUUUUCCUCGCCAUGGUGUUGUACUACAGAAAGAAAAUGAAAAGAAGAAAUAAAUUUCUCUUCACGCAAACUGCUUACAAGUUGGAUCCAGAUCGAAGCAUUCUUGAACAAUGCAAUAACUUGACGUAUGAUACUAAGUUUGAAUUUCCAAGAAAACACAUCUCGUUGUUUCGAGUACUGGGCGAAGGCGCAUUUGGUCAAGUAUGGAUGGCUUCAGCUAAACAGAUGGAAAACUUUAAGCCAAGACAGAUUAAGAAAAGGGCUAGUCUAUGGAAGAGAUACGGAACAAAGAAAAAGACGUUUGUAGCAGUUAAGACACUUAAAGCUGGUGCCACAGAAUCUGACUAUAAGGAUCUUGCAAACGAACUUAAACUUCUAAUACACCUUGGAGAACAUCGAAACAUUGUCAAUCUGCUUGGUGCAUGCACUCGCGAUGAGAAUUUGUUGGUGAUUCUUGAAUAUUGCUCAAAUGGAGCUGUGUUGAAUUAUCUACGGUUAAAUCGGGAUGAUUUUGAAGCUUCUUGGUAUAAACAGAACAACGAGAUCUUCAAUCUUUAUCAAAUAACUUGGGUAGCGGUUCAAAUUGCUGAUGGGAUGAACUUUUUAGAAGAAAAAAAAUGUGUACAUCGCGAUCUAGCAGCAAGAAACGUUCUUUUAACGGAGAAAAUGUACGCAAAAAUAGCUGAUUUUGGUCUCGCAAGAAACACUGAGGGAACAGACUAUUACAAAAAAGAAACGGAAGGAAAUCUUCCCAUUAAGUGGAUGUCCCCGGAAGCUAUAACGCAUCAAAAGUACACCACUAAAAGUGACGUUUGGUCGUUCGGCAUUCUACUCUGGGAAAUUUACUCACUCGGUUCGACACCCUACCCAGGUGUUAAAAAUGCUGACGUGCUAAAAUACGUCAAAAGAGGAACAAGAAUGUCAAAACCAAAGCAUUGUGAAGAAGACAUUUAUCAGUUAAUGUUGCAAUGUUGGUCAGGACCCUCCGAACUUAGACCUUCAUUUAUUGAUUUGCGUAAUAACAUCGAUCAAGUGUUGGUUAAAAAUGAACAAAGCAUGUUCGGAGGACAGUCGUUGGCGAAUGUUUACAAAAUAGCGUCGUUGAAAUCUUCACAAAGAUACACCGAAACAAAAAGUGAGAAACUUACUGUUUAUGAUGACGAUUUGCCUGCAGAAAAAUCUGUUGGACAAAAUGAUGAAAAUUCUUAUGAUGACACAUACCAAACCGACGACUAUCUCACGCUGGAAGAAAAUGGUUUCCAAGAGGAAAACGAAGAAGAAGCAUGUGAAGAUAAUUUGGGACUUCAGAAAGAUUGUGCUCCAGAAGAAAGCAAAGCAAGCUUUACCAUUGAUGAUAGUUACAUCAGUUUAGUAGAAAAUGACAAAAAUGCUGGAAGAAAUCAAUUUGUCGAAACGCAAGAAGAAAACUGGAAGGCUGACAGUGAACUUCAAAGCGAAAAUGGAGACAAAGGACGUUCAAAUGGGAUGUCGGAAGAAGCAAUAGAACUAGAAAAAAUAUGAAUAAAACAAUUGUUAAUAAAAAAUAAUAAUAUUGUAAAGUUUGGCGAAAGGGACUGUUUCCAAAUGACGUCAACCGUUAGGGGGGGAGGUGGUUAGUAGUUAACGCCGGUUGACAGUGGAGGAAUCUUGAAGAAUUGGUAACGCCAUCUGAUAAACAAUGCCUAAGUUAAGAUAUUGUCAAAAGAAAGAUAUAUGUAUGCAUAAACGGAAUUGUUUCGGACGCACGAAAUGUCAUUGUCACGAACUUAUAA